GAGGGCCUUCAUAUCUCUGUCUUUCUCGUCCUUCCUCGCAGAUUUCUUUGUUGAUCACCAGACAGUAUUGGGGAUGGGAGAUACUGAAGUUAGAAUGAAGUCUAAGAAGACGGUUUUUGUAACUGUUGGAACAACUAGUUUUGAUGCUCUAGUGAACGCGGUGGACACAAGAGAGGUUAAAGAAGAGCUUUGGAGAAGAGGGUACACUGAGAUUCUCAUUCAGAUGGGCCGUGGCUCCUAUAUUCCCUCAAAGUCUGAAGGAGGUGAUGACUCCAUUGCGGUAGAUUACUUCACUUUUUCAUCAAGCAUUGCAGACCAUUUAAGAGCAGCGUCUCUUGUCAUUAGCCAUGCAGGGUCAGGGAGCAUAUUUGAGACGUUGUGGCUUGGGAAGCCCUUAAUUGUUGUGGUUAAUGAAGAUUUGAUGGACAACCAUCAAAGUGAGUUGGCAGAAGAACUAGCAGACAGGAAGCAUCUGUACUGUGCUCGCCCUCAGACACUUUGUCACAUUAUAGCAGAUAUGAAACUGGAGUCCCUCAUUCCAUACCAUCCAGGUGAUACUACACCAGUCGCCAAGCUUAUCAAUAGGUUUCUUGGUUUUUCAGAGGAUUGAUAGAAGUGUAUGAGUAUAUUAUGUGAACCAAGUUUAUCCAUAAGAUACAAAGAUACUAAAUUUGCAUAAUCAAGAUUGAUCUUUUAGUGAAGCAUAAGAAUUGUUUCUUGGUGAGCAUGGAUAUCUAAUGGACUAAAAAUUGCAGAACAAGGUGUUGCACAUAUCAUACUUGUCUGUCCAUAGUUAUGACAGGUUUCUUAGUGGAGCUUUAUUUGGUCUGGUUGUAGAUGGCAACUGCAGACCUGGAUAUUACUACUCAGUCGUAUAUUGAUACGAAAGCCUGUAACCUCAUUAUAUGUUACAAAAUGAGAUGGAUGGAUCAGUUAUAGAUGGGUCAAGCAAAUGAAGAUUAAUGUGUUGGCUAUGCACAGCAGAUUCAUUUGCAUACUUGUAGAGGAAAUUCAAUAAUGAUUUUUGAUGCUUGCCUUACUUUAACUACAACUACAGGUUAUCCACCAGCUAAGUGUUAGUGCCAAAAGUAAAGUCA